CUUGGGGAGCUGCGGAUCCCCCCCGCACCCGAAACGCCCGCGCCCAGCUCUCGGUCACUGUGAAUCCUGCCUGCCCUCGCCCAAGGUCGGUGGGUGCAGUUUUGUCAGAAUCUGAGACCUUAAUGUUUUCUUUGAUUUCGUUCUGUAAGUACGAAGUCUAAAGUACAAAACUGGCAUGCAAGCAGGUAUGCUCUGUGCUUUUAUUCUCACUACUUAGUGUAAUAGUAACUGAUUUAAGUUUACUUCUGAUGUGAAAUAUGUGUCUUGGGGUUUUUGAUCUGCUCAGUUGUAGCAAUGGCUUCAGGAACAGCGCUGAUUUAUGAUGCGGAGAUGACCACUCACAAACUGCUUUGGAGUGACCCCAUUUGUGAUAUUGAAGUGCCAGAAAGACUUUCAUCCUCCUAUGAGCAGCUUAGAAGUUACCAUCUUGUGGAAAGAUGUGUUCAUGUGCCUGCCAGAGAAGGAACUGAGGAGGAAAUCCUGCUGGUUCACAGUUUAGAGCACUUGGAAGUGGCAAAAAGCACUCAGACAAUGAAUGAGGAGGAGUUGAAAAGGGUCUCUGAAAAUUACGAUGCUUUUUUCUUUCAUCCGAGCACUUACCGCUGUGCCAGACUAGCAGUAGGAGCAACUUUGCAGCUGGUGGACGCUGUGAUGUCAGGAAAAGUGCGCAAUGGAAUGGCGUUAGUCAGACCUCCAGGUCACCACAGCCAGAGAAAUGCAGCUAACGGUUUCUGUUUAUUCAACAACGUUGCUAUUGCAGCAGAAUAUGCAAAACUGAAAUAUGGCCUACAGAGAAUCCUAAUUGUUGACUGGGAUGUGCACCAUGGGCAAGGAACCCAAUAUAUAUUUGAAGAAGAUCCAAGUGUUUUGUACUUUUCUUGGCAUCGCUAUGAACAUCAGGAAUUCUGGCCAUCACUCAAAGAAUCCAAUUAUGAUGCUGUGGGUCUGGGAAGAGGAAAAGGUUUUAACAUAAAUUUGCCUUGGAAUAAGGUUGGGAUGGGGAAUUCAGAUUACCUUGCUGCAUUUUUCCAUGUGUUGCUUCCGAUGGCUUUUGAGUUUGAUCCUGAACUGGUUAUUGUCUCCUCUGGAUACGAUUCUGGAAUUGGUGACCCUGAAGGUCAGAUGAAUGCCACUCCUGAGGUUUUUGCUCACCUUACCCAUUUCCUGAUGCAGUUAGCUAAUGGAAAGCUGUGUGUCAUCCUAGAGGGUGGAUACCACUUGAAAUCAUUGGGUGAAUCAGUGUGCAUGACUGUAAAAACUUUGCUCGGAGAUCCUGUACCUCAGAUAACUGGAGAAAUGGCACCUUGUCUAAGUGCCAUUGAAUCUAUUCAAAAUGUGAGAGCAGCACAUAAACCCUACUGGAAAUGGUUGGCUUAUGAAGUGCCUCCCAUCAAAACAGCAACAAUUGGCUGUGAAGGUUCUGAGCAUUUUCUCCCUGAACAUGUUCAGCUGAUGAAGGAAAUGGACAAAACUGAAAUAAAAGCUCUUGUCAGUGGCUUUUAUGCAGACCUUGUGAAAGAGGACAAAACUUUGCUCUCCCUUGGCAGUUUGUUUGUAAUCCUAGAUAGAAUACUUAAGAAGGAGGUGUGUAAUGGAAUUACAGCAUCACCCACAGCUGCUCUUUCUACUGCUGUUGCACUAAGACACUCUGUUCGUUUUGGAUUUCAAAGAGUGCUUUGUGUAUUUGUUGGAGACAUGGAGAUGAUACCAAACACAGAAGAUGGAAAAAUGCUUAUCAUAAACAUCUGUGAGAAAGAACAGUCUGGAAAGACCAGUUGCAAACACUGUAUUUCUCUAAACUGGAAAGAGGAUGCUGAAGGAAAUGAUUUCUUUUCUGCUCUAGUUGGAUUCAUUCUUCCUGUAGCAUAUAGUUACCAACCAAACUUAACAGUAAUAGCUGUUGGACCAAACAGGAGCCUUGAAAUAAGUGGGAUUUCUCUGCUUGUUGCUUUACUACAAGGAUUAGCUGAGUCUCGAAUUUUUGCUGUGAUUGAGGACACAGAGAUAAGUUUAAUGCAAAAUGUAGCCAAAGCAUUGGUGGGUGCUUCUACACCUUCCUUUGGAAUCUACGUACCUCCUACCCAAGAAAAAGUAAAUAAAAUAAAAGCAUUAAGAGGGCAGUUUCAGCAGGAAUGGAAAAUGCUUCAGUGUUCAGGUAAGUUGUCUGAUUUUAUCUUUAACUCUUAUACACAGUAAGUUUCUGAAAAGAUUAUCUGUAAAUACAGCUGUGUUGUGUAAGUCAGUGGGACAUUUAAAGUCAGUUGGGGCAGACUGAUCUAAUGUGAAACUGGUGAAACUCUGAAUUCUUCUAAUUCUGUCACUUGAGCCAGAAAGCACCAAAUUUCAUAGCAUAACAACUGUACUCUUGGGACUUAGAAUACUGUUACUCCAAAAUUUUGGAAUGAAAUUACCAAAAUACAUGCUUAAAGAAUGGGUAGCAAGGUGUGCCCUGUCUCUGAUUGCUAAUGUGUUUUCUGAAUAUAGUGCCAGAACAGGUGAUAUUUUUAUGUUUGACUUGUCCACAAAUAAUUCAAUAAUGAUUAGUCAUGUUGUAAGUACAGUCACAAAGAACUAAAGAUCAGGCAUUCCAUCUGUACAGGAAUCAGGCCAGGCAGGUAGGUAUGUUUUCAAGCGUUCUUGUCUAGAAAUGUUUCUUUGCUGAACGACUUCUGUUUUUCAACAAAAAAAGGCAAUUAUGAUUGUGGGCAUCUCUAAAAGAAAAUACCAUUCUCUCUUUCAGAAGAAAUGCUCAAUACCAGGGGUCUGCUUCCAAUAAAAAUACUCUUGUUGCAGUCAGGAAUUGUGGUAUGAGCUUGAUUAAUAACUGGUUUUGUUAUUGCUGUUUUUUUAGUGAAGGAGGGGAUUUCAAGAAAUUGAUUUCACUUCAGAGUCAUUUUACAAAGAAGAAGAAAAGGAAAAUAUGAGGACUUCACUCUGCCUUCUUUUCAAGCAUAAAUUGUCUGUCUAAUAAAUAAGAACUCCAAAUCUCCAGAGACUUAGUAGUGGCCUAAGGCCACAUCAUGUAAAUUCUCAAAAUUAAACAUCCCAAGACAAUAGCCUAGAUAUGCCUUAUUUUGUAGUGUUCCAGGUAUGAUUUAGGGAUCAUUUUCAAGAGCACUUUUUUGUUAUUGUGACUUCAAUAAUUUGACCUUUUGAUUUCAGACCCUUCAAAUUAUGUUUAUACUGGUGUUCCUACUGGGUUCAACUUUAUAUCAUAUGGAAUAAAUAAUCUUUUUUAAUUAC